AUGGCACCGAAGCGACGACCAAUAACUGGAUUCCCAAGCUCAAAAAUGCAUAACAAACCUAAAAAAAAAACAAGUGUUAAUAACUCAUUCACAAAUAUACGCUUUACAGCUCCCAGGAAAGCUCAAGACGCCCUAACAAAUUUAGAAAAAGAACAAGCGUUAGUAACUCUCAUUUACAGACCAAAAAGCAAGGACCACGAAGAAAUGAAACCAUACACUCUGAAUUCGCAAGAAUAUGUUUCACACCAAAAAAAUGAAGAAAUUAAACCAUACGCCCUGAAUUUACAAGACAUACGCUUCACAAUCCCAGGAAAGCUCAAAGAUGCCCUAACAAACCUAACAUACACAAGUAAAAAAGUAAAAAAAAUAAGAUAUAAGACUAUACGUCCAAAUUCGCAAAAUAUAUGCUUCACAGUUUCCAGGAAAGCCCAAAGACAUCCUAGCAAACCUAGAAAAAAGAAAAACAAGCGUUUAGUAACGUAUUUACAAUCCAAAAAACAAGAACAACGAAAAAUGAAACCAUACUUUCCAGAUUCGCAAGACAUACACUUUCCAGUUCUCAAGAAAGCUCAAAAACGCCUAACAGACCUAGAAAAAAGAACAAGCGUUAGUAACUUAUUCAUAAGUCAAAAGCAAGAACAACGAAGAAAUGAAACUAUAUGCCCUGAAUUUGCGAGACAUACACUUCAAAGUUCCCAGAAAAACUCAAAGACGCUCUAA